GCACAAAAUGAUCGAGAAAGCAUGGAGUACGAGAGGAACGAGCAGGUCUCUGAGUUGCAGAAGUUGCGAAAUGACAACAAGCGUCAGGCCGAAGAACUCGAGGAGUUGGUGAAAAGCCAUCAGAAUCUCAUCCAGUCCACUGCCGCUGACACACCCACCUCCAAGGGGUCCAGCAGGCUGCGUAAAGAAGCUGCUGCAGUGGACGAAGAUAAAGAUCCAGAGAGACCCUUGAAGAGAAAGGUCUCACAGCUGGACAAGAAUCUGGAACAGCUCACGGUGAUGUAUCACAAGCUGGUUGCUCAAAACAGUGGUUUGAAGGUCGAGGUUGCAGAGAGCGACAAGAAGAUCGAGCGAAAGGAUCAGCGCAUUCAACAGCUGGAAAGAAAUCUGCGGGAGGCGAAGCAAAAAUACGAGAAGUUGUUGACGCAGUGCGCAAAUCUGACCGCAAUGAUUGAUGUGAGGGGACGCAAGAACUGUCCGUGUGGUGCAAGUGGCAACAGCUCGCAGGUCCGCCGUGCUCCGACCAUUGCAGCGAAAACAGUCCGAGAGUCGGUUUUUGAAGUUGCGAGGGGCGAAGGCAGAGGUUCGACCCCGCCUGCCAGCAUUGCCCAGGCACGGCUGAACCGGGGACACCGCCGGCAAUGUCACCCACUCCGCCUUCCGAGCAAGCAUCCACUCCGACAUCUUCACCUGUCUCGCUACGAGGGGGGAUCAAAUCUCGCGAGGGCGUGCGGGCAAGGUGAUGCGUCUCGAGCAUUGCUCCGUUGCAGAUUGUCGUGGGACUGCGUGUAUGCAGGCAAGAUGCUCCGCGACAGAGCUGAGUCGCACUUCUAG